AUGGGUAAAUAUUGGUCCGAUGCCGAGCUUAUUGUUGCAGUAUAUUUCACUUCUCGUGGGUUUACAGAAGCUGCUGUAUCCCAAAUACUCCAUGCUCGAGGUUUCCGACGCUCUUACGAUGCAGUGUAUCGAAAGAUAAAAGAUAUUCGGAACAAACACCCUGUUCUUCAAGCAAAGGACCAAGACUGGGAUAUCAAUGCAGUAGAUCUAUGGCUAGAUGAACUUAGCCUGGAUCAUCAAACUGUCAACCAUCUUAUAUGCUGUAGUGACCUCGAAGCAACAAUAGCUGCUAAGCAUGGAGUCGCUGAGUCUAUCCUAGAAAAGUUAGAACGUUCGAAUUGGCGUUGGAUGGCUUAG